AGAAAGUUGAGGUGGGAGGGGAGACGUGAGGAGAGGGUCUCCUGUCUGCUCUUUUGUCAUGGGAAGACUUUACUCAGAUGGUUCAUACAGGGAAAGAGAGAGACAGGAGAGUGCAGGUCUAGUCUGGACGGAGGUGUACAGAAAGAAGGAGCAACGAUGUGAAAGAGGCAGAAAAGAGACGUAAGUUGUUUGAAAUUUACGCACAAUUUGUUUCAGUGAGGUUUUGAACCAAUAUUUUGAUUGAUAGAUAAAGAUAAUGGCUGCUUUCUGUGUGAUACACACCGCACUGUGUUACCCCUGAGGUUAAAGUGGUGUUACAGUUAUCAGGUUUUUGGUCUUAAACUAACUGUACACGCUUUUGACAUUUGAAUAAUUAAUAACUCACUACAGACACCGAAUUAGAGAUUUAAAGCUACAAAUCUCGCUAACCUUUUGAGUCGUUUUUUUUUUUUUUUAUUUGUGGAGAAGGUAACUGGUGAACAAUCACACUUGUGGUUAUUUGUCUGUACAUUUCUGGAAACAAUCAGAACCAUUAAGACAAAGUGGAAACAGCCUACAGUGGCAGUUCAGAUCAAUUCAUACAUGUUUUAAGCGCAGACUGAAACUGUAUAUGAGUUUAAAUGGACAGUUUGUAUGUCAGAUGGUGACUCAAAAGCAGUGUAUUGAUUUAAGGCUGAAUGUAUCAGAUAAUCAAUCAUUCAGUCUAUCAAUAAAGCACUUUUGUUUGUAUUAGCUGACUUUUCUCUGUUUUGAUACCAUUGUAGAAUAUGUGUUGGAUUGUAGAUUGUGGUUAAGACUGACAAUAGUCUCAAUGGGCUCUUAGAAAUAAAAGUAAAUACUAAUGUAGCUGUUUCUAGAUUUUAUUGGAUCUUCUGUCAAGUUGACGGAAACUUUAAAAGUUUCUUAAAAAGUGAACAUAAUCGUGAAUACACGUUAGAUCAAAUAUAAACUUUUAUUCAACAUCUCAAUACAGUUUCACCUUAAUACAGUGGAAAAAGUCGCUCUUCCCUACAUUUUAUCUGUGUCUCUUCUCCCAGCUGUUUAUUUCUCUCUCUGUGUUUAUGCUCUGGCCUGCAGUCUGGCUGAUGCAGUAAAAACUCUCUCCCCUAACAUGAGGCUGUGGGUUUCUCCCCCCUUUUUUCAGCCAGCUUGGAGAAUGAACUCAUGCUGAUUGAUUGUGUGACUGUGUAAAAGGAUACCCUACUUCCUGUAGGCCCUCUCUCUCUCCAGACAGCAGGACGAGAAAAUCUUGGAUCAGCCAUCUCUGUCUUUCUUUGCUCUGUAUGUGUGUGUGCUGUCUGUGGGUUCAGGAAACAGCAUCGUCUGAGUUUUAAAAUCCCUCAAUGGAACCAAAAAUAUUCUCACUGUCUGAGUUAUGACCUGCAGUGUGAGGAACCCAAAUACGUGGAUUUCAGUUUCUAUUGAUGUAAUAGAGGCGAUCCUUUCAACAAGCAAAAACAACAUGGGGUACCAAACUAAAAGUCCCUCACAGGAGCUUUAACAUAAAACUGAACAUUUGGAUUUAUAACCAAAUUGAAACAUACACCUGCCUUUUUGAUUUAAGUUAAAUUAAACCAGUGAUGCGGUUUACGUGAUGUACAGGUAUACGCUGUAUACCCACUAGGAAAGGUCCUAGAUUUCCAUACAACUUCUUAAAAAUACACAAAGAUGUGCAACAGCCGCAGUUGUGACCACAACUUCACAAAUACUUGUGGUGACUAAACCUGUAACUCAUUACCUUCUGUAAUUCCAUGUUGUUUUCAUAAUAAUGAUAUUUUAAAAGACUUUUAACUCUUUACUGUUGGUCAAAUAGCAGAUAUGAAAAGCUAGACUACACCACUGCUUCAAACUGAACAUUUUUAUUAAAGAUAGCGGUGCCCACUGAGCACUUUUUAGUCUAAAAGAAGUCUAAUAGACGUAUAAAUGUAGCCUAGAGGACUGGUCUAAAAUCAGGCUACUACAGGUCUAAAAAUGAAAGUUUUUUAUUCAUCUAAAUUUAGACCAAGUCUAAAUCUGGGCUAUAUCUAUACUACACUGUAUAUUGCUCAAUGGCUUUCAAAAUUAUUUUGGUUAAGUACUUGGAGAUCAGUUAUGCAACUCACAGUUGCUUUUUGAAAUAAAUAUUUAUCAAAUAAUGGGUUAAAGUGCAACGUCUAAAUUCCGUCUAAAACUAUACAGAAUCUUGACGGUUGAAAUUAGGUCUAAAAAAAAAACUAGACAUCUAAUAUCCAUCUAUUGCUCAGUGGGUGGACAAGGUAAAAUAGACAUUUGCAGGACUAUUAAUGUUGUCAUUAUUAUUAUCAAUAUUAUUAUUAUUAUUAUUAUUAUUAUUAUGCAGUAAGGCACAUGUCAAAAAGUGACAUCAAGUUUUGCUAAAAUCAUGUAUGGAUUAAAUCAUAAUAAUCUAACUCUAACCAGCUAUGGCCUGGAUUGCAGGACAGGAUCUUGCUCCACUUUUUGCCUUCGGAGUUCCACUGUGCCAAGUAACUAUCAUUAUUUUUAAGACCAUCCUGAGAGAGAAAAUAUCACUUUUUCCCCAAUGUUUACAGAUUUUCUUUGCUUCAUUGUUUUUGCUGCUGUGUUUACAGCUAAUGGUGACAGGAUCCAGUCUUGACCCCUCUCUGCAGAGUGGUUUGGUAUGACACGUGUGAUCAGGUUUUCCUGGUGUUACUUUUACUGUUGGGUGUUAAUUAACAGCAUCACUGUGUUUUGACCAGUCAAGUUCAAGGCUUAAAGACAGCUGGGUGAUAAGUAAGAAAGCCAAAUAAUAAAACGGCAUUUGGCAGUACAAAGGAAAUAAUUACGCUGCGAUGUGACAAAAUUAGAUAAUUUUUUCUCACAACCUGGAAAAAUACGUAGUGCUUGAAAUUGUAAUAAAGUUUACUAUGACUGAUGUCUUAUUUUAGCAUGGUCUUCAGGAGACUUUGGAUCCCAAGUGAUUCCCGUCUAAAUUCACCCAGUCUGACCCUCUAACUCUGGCUUGUGUCACACUGAGUCUGGGGCUCUGAGGGAGUACUUUCAAGGACCGGCCAUGAGCUCAGGGCUAAAAGAUCAAGUACUCCUUUUUUUCAGACUCAGUUUUUAUUGGUUAAAAAGGAGAAAGCCAGACAUAAAUAGUUUCCCCUGUAUCUGUUUUCCUACUUAGCCCUCAGAAAUGUUGUUUUUUCUUUCCAUUCAGUAAAAAUGCACAUGUGAAAUAUCUGCCUGAAUCGGGGUAUUGUUGUACGGUUUUAAGAGUGACCACAAGGCAUGGAUUCAGCUUCCUGUGAGGCUCUUAAAACCUUUUGUUUCCAGACUACGUUAAACUGUAUCAUGUUGCUGGAACACUAAUGCAGGAUGUAAGACAAGAAAGUAUGACUGAUUUGUGCUCCCUGGCAGAUCUGUUAUUUAUUGUGAAUCCAUCUAAUACGACAUAAAAAUAUCUAAGAUGCUACUCUUUUGUAAUGUUUGUGAGCUUCAUAUUGAAUUAUCCUCCUCAGGAGACAAAGUCCAAAGGGUCCAGCUGAAUUGUGCACCCUCAGGCUGAAUCAGAAAGGAGGUCGGUGCAAUGAACAGCAUGCUGCCUCAAAGGAGUGCUGUCGCCACGAUGAGCUACGGCUCAGGUAAGAUGUCUAUCAAGAUUCUUUGAUAGUUAAUUUCCCAUUUUAAUCACUUAAAAAGGGUCAUAUAGUAACUUUUAGAUUCUUUAACUGUCUCUUUAAAACAGAGACAGCAGAAAAACAUUAAGCAAGUCUUGCUUUUUCAGGUGCUCCAUAAGGUCAGUUUAUUGAAUAGUUAAAGAAACUCCUUAAACUGGAGCCUGGAGUGGCUCUUUCCUGCAUUUUUCCUUGUUAAAGUCUUUUGGGGGUUCUUAGUUUUGCUCAAAUUUGCUUUGAGGCUUUCAUGUUUUAAUUUUAAUGGUAAAUUUGCUAAAACAGACAUUAAAAACAGACAUAAAAAACAGGUUAGAAAUAAAUAAAACAAACACAUCGGAGCUACCUGAAUAAAAGAGAAAGGUUCAAGUGUCACCUGGGGUAUCAGUAGUCAAACAACUUUAGUAAACAUCCUGCAUUGAACAAGCCUUAAGCUGCUAAAAUCAGAAAUAUAAUAGAGGAGGCGGUUUUAAUACAAACACCCCAACCAGUAAGUCAGGGAGGCUCGAAAACUUUUGGCCUCACUCGUUUUAGUUGUUAUCCUGUCCAUGAUUGUAUAUAGUCUAUGGUAGAACCUGAGUUAAAUCUCGUGCCUAAUGCUUUUAGUAUUUGUGUUACUGUUUUUUCCUCCAUCAGAUUUUUUUUUUUUACCAGUUGUAAUUUUAGCAUAUUCCCUGUAUUGAUAGAGAUUUUUUUACUCGUGGUCUGAUUUUUAAAAUGUAUCUUCAUUUUGGAUUAUGUGAAAUAGAGGAACACAAAAGUGGUUACAUUUCUAUAGUGUCCUCAUUUAUUCCUUCACUCGAAGUGAAAUGAAACAGGCGAAGAAAAAUCUCAUAAACUUGGUCUUUGCCUAAACAUUGAAAUACACAGGUAGUUAAAUUCACCAACUUCUCAUAGCAACACAGGAACUAUAAAAGUAGAUAGAUAGAAGUGUGUACACUUAUUUAUAAGUAUAAGUUACAUCUAAGUGCUUUUCUAAAGGAAGAAGACAGAAAAAGUAGAAAGAAAAAAAAAACCCACAUUCAUGUUGAACUUGGUCAGGUCAAGCUGGACUACAGUUCCCCAGUUUGAUACUGUGCAAAUAUUAACCGUGGUGUACAGAGAUAGAAAUCAUUUUAGUGUUUUCACAACAAUGUUUGGAUUUCUCCGGUGAAUGUCAUCAUUUUACUCCUGAAAAGAGUUGAUGGUCUCUUGCCACACCAAGAAAACUUGGUUUCUUCCUCUGUUUCACUGUCUAUGCCGUCUGUUGAUAAUCUGGCCUGCACGUUCCUACUUUUGUCAAAAAUAAUACACCUUGUUUUGCUAGUGUGUAGGAGAGGUUUGUUUGUGUUAAACCAUUCUUUUAAUUAUAAUAUGGUUUAACUUGUUUUCACUCAAAAGGGGAGGUUUAUGUCCUAGAAGUACAGGUUUACAAGAUAAUAAAGCGGAUGUCCUAAAAAGUGUUCAGUGAGAGGAAAAAGGCUUCAAAGGAGCUUUAAAAAAAAGGAUGGAUGAACUAAAGUUCUAUGUGAAGACCCAGAGGAAAAUGGAAAAGGAUUUUUCCCAAUUUCUUUUUUUAUUUCUUUCUACUUUAUUCCAAAGAAGGCAAUUUCACAAUUUGACAACAUCAUGGCAAAUCACAACGUUUCUUAUUCAUUGGUUGGAAAGAGCAGGAAGACGAUACCUCUUAUAAUACCUGCCCCUCACUCAAUGUCUAGUUACUCUAAUAAUCUGUCACUGAGCAACAUUCCUACCACAAAACAAAACAACAACAAAAAACAGAGUUUUAAGUUGACUUAUCGGUCACUGAAUGAUACUUUAGUCAAAGCAUGAAGUAAACAAAACAAGUAUAAUAAAAAAUAUAACCACAAGACAGCAUUUCAAGCUGACUUUUCUACAAGAAUCAUUGGUUACUUUUGUCAUAAUUUCUGAUUGUAUUUUACUUUGGAUAAGAUUAGUACAGGUCUUCAAUUCAUUACUUUGACAAUUCCAUAGUUUGACUCCCAUGACAGAGAUACACAUCCACUUAAAAGUUGUUUGUGCAAUUUAAAGUUGUGCUGAGAGUACGUAAACAAUACUGUUUUAUUUGUCUGAUUUUAAGGCCCAGACUUUCUUUAGAUCCAGUUUUCUGUUAAGUAGCUCCUGUAAAGAAAAGGUGGAUAUUCUUUAACAUGACUUAAAGUGUGUGAUUAAAUGUUAAAUCAGCGUCCAGCCACUCAUGACUCAGGCCACAUUGUAACCCUGCUUACUAAGACAUUUGUGCUGAAGUGGACGGUGUCCUCAGGGUUUUUCUCACAGACGAGACUAUGAUGCAUUCUGGCUUGUCUUGGUCCACCAGCGUUCUUCCAUUUUUAGAAGAAGCUUAACCACUGAUUGAGCCCAUGUUUGUGUUGGGCUCAGAACUGUAUGGGUUUACAUUCUUCACUGGUUUCCCCCCUUGCUCAGCACAAGUUUGAUAGCACUGCUCUUAGCUGAUCUGGGGCUCAUUAAAGCAGCUACAUUAAACCUGACACUAUUACAUCGUCCAAAAGAUUUCACACUUUGCCAAUUUUCUCUUUUUUUCCAUCAGACUGUGGGAAGAUUGAGCAUAGCAGCAGCGGCUCUGUGGGUGGGACAGUGCUGAGGGGCUCCCGCUCGAAGGCAGAGCUCCAGGAGCUGAUGGAGACCCUGCAGCGGAGAAAGAGCGCCCUAGAGGCCAGCUUGAGGGCAGCUGAAUGCAGCCGCAAGUACCUCAGUGUGCCUCCACCUGUGGGAUCCCAGCCCACCAGGCCUCUGUCAAUCCUCAGCAACACAGAAAGACCCCCGUCUGCUUCCAGAACAUUCUCCUACAUGUCCAGCAGCAGUGUUCCUCCCUCACCUCGCCAGGGUGAAAGACAGCUGAGUCCAAACGGUUUACAUCGCCAUUCCCACUCUCGGCACAUGUCACAAGACAGUCUCCUUGCAGCUGAUGGAAGCUCUCUGCUCUCCUCUUACGGACCGCCUGUACCUCGUUCUCCCAGGGUGAAAAGUGGAGCAGCCAGCGUGCCGUCCAGCCCCCGAAUGGGCCGCAGGCUCUACUCUCAGGGCAAAGCUGGAGGAGAUUCCCGGCAGAGGAAAUACUCCACCGGCUCUCUCAACAGCCUGGGAAUGCACAGCCGCUCUCUGCCACGGCUUCACAACGCAGCAGACCCUCCCGCUCUGUCCCUGCCGUCACGCCACUCAGUGGGUUCCCACAGAGGAGUGAGUUCAGCUGGGCAGAGGCGCAGUCUUUCUUCCCUGGAGCAGCCACCAGACGUGACAGUACCAGCAAGCAUGCCCAGCACUCCCAGGAGGGCCAGCCUGGCCUCUCUGAGCUCUCUAGGUGUGGAUCUCGAUGGGACUGGUUUGGAUCUGAGCUUUGGGGAGAGGAGGUUGUCUUUUGGUAAGGGUGGGCUUAGUCCUGGUCAGAGAGUGGGCAGCAUCAGCUCUCUAAAUGGCAAAGAGGAGCUGAGAGAUUACCACCAGCACCAGAGAGAUGAACGACUCAGGGAGCAGAAAGUCCAGAGAUUGGUGAGAAGUUUUUUUAAUCUGAUUCACUGAGAUCAUGCUGCUUAAAUAAGCUUAUUUUGUGACUGUUUUAAAAAUCUGUGAAAUAAUGUAGCACGUAUCAUCUGUCGACAGGAGUGCCAACGUCUGGAGACCAUCUUAAAUCUCUGCACUGAAUUGGGUCAGGUGGAAAGAGAGCCCGCGGUCUCAGCUGUGUCCGAUCUGCAGAAGAUCAAUAAGGAGUUGGAGAAGCUGCAGGUGUCAGACGAUGAGUCAGUGUUUUCGGACUCUCCCAGCAGUAUGGCUCCAGACAGCAGCUUUGGGGGGAAAGCCAGCAGAGACUUCCAAGUGUCUGAAGAGCAGCAGGCCAGCCAGCGUCAGCAGAGCAGCUACAGAGAGCCCAGGUCCCACUCACCUGCUGUCAGCCUGAACAGCAGCGCACCUUCACCCUCCACCAACCACAGAGCCAAAGUAAGAUCUAAACUCAUAUUCAUAAACAGAUCCUGAUAAACAUCAAACGUUCCUAGUCCUGUAUUUCAACCAAAAACUCAACUCUAAGACGGUUUGGGUUAAAACUUCCAAUUGGUUCAUUGGCUGAACAGUUGAGUUUUUACAACCCAUGAUAAAAAGAAAAAAAAAACUGACAGUGCUUUACAAAGUUGGCAUAACAGGGAAACCCACAACCCACUUUGAAACUCUGAUUCAGUUUAUUGUGGAGUGAAUAAACUCCAGGAGCAAUCUGAGAUACAACCAGCGUGUCCUUUAGUAGUCUUUUUUUUUUUCAUUCAUACCCAGAGAGCUACUAUUAUUUUGAUAGCCGGUCAAUCAACCAUGCAUUUAUACUGAUAUGCUACCUAUCAAAACAAGCUUAAAGACCCACUGUGAUGAAAAUCAUGUUUUUCUUGUUUUUUCUAUAUGUUCAUAUGGCGUUUUUCUGAUGCUACAGGACAUAUCAUGAGAAAACUAAAUGCGAAAUUGCUUUCCUGAGUAUUUCUUCCUUCAAAUCUCUGUGAAUCUCUGGCAGACCCAAACAGCAGGUUCAGAAACAGUAAAAGUUCAUACAUAACCAAUCCAAGCUCCGCCCCCAGUGCUUAGCUAUGCAGGCCACAUUCUGCAUAUAAAGGGGGAAAUUGCCAAUGAUCUGCUGGAGCUCUGCAGAAAAAAAAGCCAUUAAAAAUGACACAUGUAACGCAAUUUUUGGUAAAAAAAAAAAAAACUUCAUAAUCAGAAUUUAUAGGCGACUGAGAACAGUUCAAAUGAUCAGAGUGGGACUUUAAACUGUGAAAACUUGCCACACACACCUGACAUUUCUGUAGCUCCAUUAAUGCAAGUGGAUGAUUAACAAUCUCUUUUAUUGAUUAGAUGCUAUUGAAUUGAUACAAUAUAAACAAAGGGCUUCCUUUGUGAUGGUUAUCUAAUAUUGCUGCUAGCAGUGAAUUAACACAGUUUGUCUGAAUUAAGAAGUUUUAUUUUGUAGGUCCACAGUCAGAGAUUGGAGGAAUACCUGUAUCCAGACUUUAUGAGAAUAGAAAUCGACUUUUGUUUUGUUGACAAUUGCUUCGAGGCUAUCUAGUUUUGUCCGAGUUCUUUUGAGUCAGUGGUGACCAUCUGAGGGAAACAAGGUGGAUCUCAAUCCCCACUGUGGGGUUCAUGCUGAUUGCUUCCUCUUUAAACAAUCUCCUGGUUUAUUGGCCUGUGUUUGUGGUAAACAUCCUGAUGUUUUCACGAUGACAUGUUUGUAAAGAAUGAUCUUAGAUGUAGAUCUUAAAUUUUGUCCCAGACCUCCGUAGCUUGAAAGAGACUGGUUGAGACGCCCUCUUCUGACACCUAAAGAAAAUGCAGAUUUAAAACUACAUUGACUUUUUUGAUCACUCGAACCAAGAGUAUUUGAUGAGAAAUAAAACACCAGCCUUCAUUCUGUGUUUCUUCACCCUCUCUCAGCUAAUUCCUGCUCCAGCUUGAGUGUUAAUGUGAGUAGAAAGAGGACUGAGCUGUGGUGAACACUAAUGGGGAACACCCCUGCUGUGGAAUGUAGUUUAUCAGACUCCUGAAACAGUGUUGAUCUCUGUUUGUUUACCUGAUGUGAUAUCAGCUUAAAUGCUUUCCACUUCAGCGUCCUUUUGCAUUUCUCCUCUCACAUUCCCAAGAAACCCUAAUUUAUAAAAUCUGCCGCCAAUAAUACAUGCCAGACGUACCAUAUGAGUCAGUUUGUGUGAAUGAUUGCGGAAAUGUGUAUGAAGUUAUCCUCAAGCCAUUUUGAAUUUUCACCAUUUUUCAUAGGCGUAGGCAGUUUUGUAUGUCUGAUGAGUAAACUCGUGAUCUAAACAAUGACAAAUGUAGCGUUCAUUCGGUUUAAACCGAGUUUGUCUGGUUUAAAACUGCAAAAAUAUGUGGCUUGAAUCUCUCCAGGACUCUGAACCAUACUCUGACAACACAUCAAUGGCAUGAUGGCUGCAUACAAGUGUGUGUUUUCCACUGUAUCACUCAGCAGAUAUAAACAUCCGACACAGAUUUUCAUUCAUCACUGGGCUUUUAGUCACAAGUACAGUAAGUCCCUGCAGUUUGUAUGUUUCCUGUUUAUGUGGCUGUAAACAGGAGAUCUAGAGCUACACAUCUUUGAUGUCCCUGACUCAUUUCAGCUUUUCUCUAAUCAACGUCUCUCUAGUGUCAGACUGCUAAGUUAAUCUUGAUAUGUUAAAUUUACAAAUGGACAUACAUCACAUGUAUCAAAUGCUGUGAUUUAAGAUCAAAGGUAUGCUUCCUCCUCCACUGUCUCCUUCCCCAGUCCCACUGUCUGUGUAAAAGCUUUUUUCCACUCCAGAGCGACCUCGCGGUGUGUCUGGUUUUAAUGAAGAGGUCCUAGUUUUGUUUCAGCACUCUGCCCUUCAAACCCUUUAAGGAUGGGGGGGAACAGGAAAUGACUUUAUCCCACGGAGAAUUAGUGUGCACAUGUGUGUGUGUGUGUGUGUGUAUGCACAACCGUGGUUCUGCGUGAAUGGGGAAGCGUUCGUGUAUAUGCAUAGCAGAGUCACACAUUUUUCCAGAUGUUGUGAAAUUGGUUACGAGGCUAAAUGGAUGGAGGACCUGGUGAAAAAGAAAAAGUAGUAAAUGUAUCAUCACAGGUAAUUAAAUAAUGUUUAUGAUGUGGCAAACAGGAUUUACAAACACAGCAGUUUGUAAAAAAUCAGCUCACAAUUUAAACCAUAAUUUCUGCAAUGUGUCAAUCGUGACAGCCGUUUACAGCCUCAUAACACCGUGUCCUCCAUCUCCUGCAUUCCUCCCAGCAGUGUGUGAAACCAGGGUAACUAUAAAUCCUGGAGCUGUUGGCCACAAAAACAAACCUCCUAAAUUCUGAAAGAAGUAAACUAUAUAAUACAGGAUCUCUAAAUUGCACCCACGUAUGAAUGAGUAUGAAUGGACGUUUGUAGGACUUAGGGACGGAUGAUAGAUGUGGGAGGACUUUGGCGUGGAUUGCAGCGGCGCUCACUGAUAGAGCUUUCCAUUACAUAAAGUGGAAAAGAAUCCUGUUGUCAGUGAUCCAGCUUUGGAGGAGUAAAAACAGCAGCUGCUGUCGUUGAAUAAAAAAAAAAAAAAAGUAUUCUGCUUGCAGGCAAAUUACUUUAACAACCUACUGAAUGCAUGGAAAAAAAUUUGUUCCCUGUGUUACAUAACCUCCUGAUCGAAAAUGCAACCACCAAGAGAAGCUAAUGCCCAUAAAUGUCUUCAUGAAGGGGUCUUUUUGUGUUGAUUAACAUAAUGUGAAGAGUCCUGUAGAGCACAGCAUUUAUAUGCAUUCCUCAUGUCACUCCAGGCUUUGGACACAGUACAGCUGAAGCAGGAAGUAACACAUAUAGAAGAGGAGAGGAUUCAAGUUCUGAACAACAUCGAAGAGCUGGAGCAGAAGAUCAAAGACCUGGACAACCAGAUGGAGGAGUCUGUCAGAGAGGUACACAGCGGAGCACAGUGCAGUAAAAAAAAAACACAGCUGAGAUCAGAGCAGUGGUGGAUUUAACUCUUUCCCUGCCAGCUUUUUAUAAAAUCGCUGUCACCCACUGCAAAUUUCUGACCAAGUUUAGUGACCUUUAAAGCUUCCCCUUUUCCUCUAUAACAACAAAUGCAUCAAAAGAAAGUUUAGUGCUUUAGUUUUCUUUUAUAAAAGCUAUAUUACUCAAACCUGUUCUGUUCGUUUAUAUCAGCAUUAGAAAAUUGGUUUUCUGUCAAAAACUCAGAAAAAAGUGUUUUUUUUGUUUGUCAUGUCAAAGCAGAAAUUUGAUUCUUAGAUUCUUAUACAUGAUAACAUCUACCAUAUAAUUUAAAAACACAUAAAAACACAUAAAACAUCAGACAGUUUGGAGAAUUUCUGUCUGCAGACACAGCUUCACUGCAAGCGGUCUGUGCUGUAUGGCUCCUGUACUCAUGCUGCUGCAUGUUAUAGUGAUUAAUAUUGAUUAUACCCACACUCAAAGUGCAGCAGGUCUCUGUCUCUCAUCCUGAUCAGGUGGAAGAAUGACCCCAUAGUUUUGUGUGUUUUUGGCAGUGAAUCAAUCAAUCAAACUUUAUUUAUAAAGCACUCUUCCUAAUGAUUUAUUUACACUCCUAAAGGAAUGUAAAUAAAUCAGUACAUACAUAGGAGCACUCUGUUUCAUUUCAUUUAGAUAUAUACAAACAUAACAAUGAGGUGUUAAUCUCAGUGAUAAAGAAAACAAAAGUGUAUAAAUUUGUCAUCAAUAUUCAUCAGCUCUGCGUUUGCCAUGUGGAAAUUACUUUUCACGGCCUGACCCAACCGUCUGACCAGACCGGAUGUGUUCACUGUUUGACCAAAUAAACCAGUGUCCAAUAACAUCUUGUCAAACCUUUUGCACCUUACAUGGUUGAAGAUCUUGAAGUCCUCUUCUCGGUUCCUUAUCAAUCACUAUUAAGCUCAGAUUCUGGAUCAGAGUUAAAACAGGACUUAUCUGAAUCUCAGUUGAUAAGUAUUUCCAACAGAUGUGUCCUCUUGAAUGCCACCAGGUUAUUUCUGUUAAAUCUGAGGCCACAUAAAACAUAACUUUGAAGGUUUAUCCAUGGGAAGGUAGGCCUGAUUAUCAUUUUGGCCAAAUGUACAUUUUUCCUCUUUUCCUCUGUGCUUCUGUUUCCUGCAGAUGGAAGUGGAGUUAGCGCUGCUGGAAGGGGAGCAGGAGUCAGAGAUGACCCAGUUGCAGAGAGAAAAGGAGCUUCUGGACCAACUCAAAGAAAAGAUUCAUGGUACCGAGAAGACAAGUCCCACUGAGAACUCACAGGUAAAACUACCAUUUCACAAAUCCUGUAAUCUACCAGUGUGUGUGUGUCUUACACACUAAAUUUUGUAGUAUGUAAAUUGACACUCUUUAAAUGUUGGGCAACCUUACAUUUUUUUCCCUCAGCAGAAAUUUUCCACAGUGGCCAAAGGUCAAGUACUAAAAAAACUGUAUUGGUAGUUUGUGUGGACAGGGAUUUUGGGUGCCAAAGCCACAGUUAGAGCAAAUCUCAGGGUUAAGUUCAACUUGACUUAGGAGGUUCAGUUGCAUUUUCUUUAAAGACUAUACAAACAAACUUCGUUGACAAGAGGAAAUGCUCACAGAACCAGACCGAGUGCCUUUAUAAAGAUCCUCAUACUCAGGCCAAAAUCACCGUCUGUAUGUGGUCCAAUUAUGAAGUGGAAAUAAAUAGAUUUGACCUAACAAAAGACAAUUAAAAAUAUGAAAAUAGACUUGUUAACUGAUUCCUCUGCAGCAGCAUGUCUUUGAAGAGAAGGCUACUUUACAGCAGCUGCUUCUCUGUACUCCAGGAUUUGUUCCUGAGACCUAAAAUGCAACCAUAGACUGUCCUUCUUAUUUUACAACCUCAGUCUGUGUUUUGUCUUCUGAUUUCUUUUCUUUCUAGCUUUUUUUUUACAGAGCUAUAAUCCUGGACCUCUCUCCUCACUUCCUGUCUCUCAUUUACAACUUGUAUUUCUGCUCGGAUAUCCUGCAGACCCUGUGUGGGAAGGACCCUAAAUAGUUAACAUGUGUGAAAAAAAUCUUUGCUCAUAUGAGUCCAAUUUAGUUAAAAAGUGAAAUCACCUGAAACCUGACAUUACUUAGAAAGACAUGAAAUUUAAAUUACCUUUACUUUUGAAUAGCUUUUAUUUCACAUCUUUCUGUAGCAGAUAGCCUGCUUGUUGCUUGAAUCAGUUUUUCUUUUUAAAUUUUACAUCAUUUCUUGUGUUUAAAACUUGAAAGUUUUUUAAAACACCUACUUUCACUUAUUCAUGUACUUAUAAUUGUGUGCCUGUUUUGUAUGUCAGGAGGCAGAGGAGCAGACAAAAAGUUCAGAGGAUUUGGAGUUUCAGAAGCUGGAAAGAGAAAUUAAUCAGAACGAGGAAAAGGAGAAUCAGAGCCAAGAGCUGCUGCGAGAGAUCGCCGAGUAUCAGCGUCUUAGUGUCACACGAAAGGUAAAAAAAAUAAAAGAGUGUGGUUUAGUGUGUGUGCAUGCAGCCUGCUGUGCAUGUUAAACACUGCUGACAGUGCUGGCAAAGCAUCACUUUGGACCACACAUUUUUAACCAAAAGUAUCUGCAGCAUUAUUUCCACUGUUGGGAGUUAAAGGGUUCAGCAGAUGUAGAUCUUUAGUGUUACCGUGUGCUUUUUUAUGGCACGUUUUAAUUAAUUUACUGUUUAAAGGAAGCUUGAAUCUUUUUGAUCAUGGGUUUUUGUUAAUUUCCUUUUUUUAUCCAUUAUUACAUUGUGGUUUGUUGUCAUUAAUCUUGCUGCAGGUUGCAUGAAAAUAAAGUGAAAAUAGUGCGAAUUGCUGCACAAAGCAUGAACUAAUCACAAGAAACAACAAUACCAGCGAUGGUAAGCAUGAAAAUCUGUUUGUGUAGUAAAGUGACUAAGAUCAUUUGUUAUUUUUAAGUUGAGGAUAUGUUCACAGACUCAGCAGAAUCAGUAAAAAGGUAUUUUCAUUGUGUUUGAAGAUGUUGUUGAGGGCGUGCAUAAAAAUCUCACCAAAACUCCUUAAAAUCAGAAUUUGCUUUUGUUCACUUACCUGCUUCUGCUUCAUACUAUAACACAUUCACGUCAUUCCCUGCUAUGAUAUCAUCUUUGCUUUCAUAAAGAGAUCAUGCUGUGUUUUCUGUCCUCUCAGGAAAGGCUCAUGACGCUGAAGAAACAGUCGUCACAGAUCACCUUACAGGCUCAGCAAGAGAGAGAGAAUUUCCAGAGAGAGAAAAACAAUUUGCUGGUCAUGCUUCAGAAGGUAGGAAGGGUCUCUCUGCAUGCUGAUGUUGUAAAUAUUUAAUGUUAUUUAUUUCAAGACCCUGCCCUGAUGCCUGCAGGAGAGAGAGAAGCUGGCGUCAUUGGAAGGAAAGUAUGCAGAGUUGUCUGAGGGGCGGAGCUUCACUAACAACCCUGUGGCCAUCACAGAGGUAGGAUUCAGUUACUGCUGUGAUAAUAUUUUAUGUUCCCACCAGCUGAGUGCUUCUGCCUCUUUGAACUGAGCUGUUAUUUUUCUUAUUUCUGGUCUUUUGAUCUUUUUCUGGCCUCUCUGAUUGCUGCAGCACUUGCACACUCUCAAAGAAAGGAGAAGAAGCAGCGGCAGUAAAGAAAACUCUUCCCACCCCAGUGACAGCCUGUCUCAUAAGAGGAGCCAGCAGAUCCUCAACUCUUAUGGCAGAUCUCUUGGGCGCACGCUUUCUCCAAAGGUCAUUACACAUUUAAUAAAGUCAGACAUCAAAGUUUGGAUCCAGUAGAGUCUGAAAGAAGGUGUUGAUGAUCAGAUCACAAGACCUUUACAUCUUCACAAAAACAUCUUUGCCAUGAUAGAUUGAAGUACAAGCCUUACUGCAAGGAUAACCCAGAUUUUCAAGCUUGCAAAACUGGGAAAAUUGAGAGAAAAUGUUACUUAAGCGGUCAAGUUUCAAAAGACAGUUUCAAAAUAAUGUGGUCUGUCUGACUCUGGACUGCACAGAAGGGGAUUUCACUGCCCUCAUUACUUCUAUCGAGAACUUUUCAUCCCUAGAGAGUGAUCCACCCAGACAGGAAUGCUCAGUUUCACUCUGGUUUACCCAGCUGACUCACUCCUUCACUUUUUGAUUCAGGCCCUGUUCUUGAACAUAAUGUCUGCGUGUGUGUGCCCUCCACAGGCCCACCUGCCUCUCUCGCAGAGCUCCAGCUGCGGCAGUGUGAUCCCACCAGGCUUCAGCACUUUCACCCCCCGGGACCUGAACGUCCGCCAUCGGCCCAAGAGUGAGUCAGAGUGGUGGACUGUCAAACUGAGUCUGCAUCAAAUCUCUAGAAAACUGUGUGAGCAUCUAAAACCUGAGGCCUUUUUCAGAAAUAAGGUCAGAAACACAGCUAGUGAAGUGACAGUUUGAGGCUAAGAAAAAAGAGACUCUCAGUUCAAGUCUGACAUCAAACACUGAGGGUCUGAUUUUUUGAAGAAUUGCACAUGCUAAAUCUCUCAAAUCACAGAGGGCGUGCGAAGAGUUUGAUGCGCUGCAUAAGAAGUGUUUUUCUUCUCUGUUGCAGUUUUUUCACAUCUAAAUUAGGGAUUUUGCGUUCAAUUUGGAGCAAAUUUUGACCUUUUCCCUGCAAAGGAACUUCAAUGCCAAAUUGUCUAAUUCACAAACACUGGUGAUAAAGUCGUGUGCACUUAAAGCUCCAGUGAGAAACUUUAAAUUAUUAGCAUCCUUGUAGAUAAAGCAGCCUAUAUGCUCGUCAUAAACAGUGUCAUCUGACUAAAAAAUCUAAUCAUGCUGAUUCUUUAUAGUCAAAUGCUUCAUUUGUUGUGAGUAAUGUAUAUGGAAAUUAAAAUUUAAAAAACAGGUCUGUUUCCUCAGCUGAUCCCUACCCCCUUACAACAGUUUUACACAUUAACAAUGAAGAUGAUCAAUCAUGUCAGCGAGGGUUUUGUUUGCUUUUGGAUGUCAUAUAAAGGCGUCAAUUUGAAUUUCAGUCUGUUUCAUGUCGAAAACCCCUCACAGGUGCUUUAACUGAGUUCAUUUUUCACUGUCUGCUGAGCUGCACUAAGUAAAAGUAUGUCGCAAACUAAGUUUAGUGUAACCACAACAACAACUCCAGCUCCAGAUUACCUAAAAAUUAUAUAUAUUUUUACAAUCAUUCAGUAAACAUGACUUUGGCAUUAAUAUUAUAAUCAUAUUCAGAGGUUGAGUCAGUGUGGGUCUGCCUGUGCCCCAAAUCCAGCAUACAAAGGUUUCCACUGGUACAGAGAAGGUCAGGUCCACUUUACUUUUUGGUCUUUCUGACCUUUCUAAACAUUCUCUCUCUCUCUUUCUCUCUCUCUUUCUCUCUGUCCCUCUGUUUUUCUCCCGUUCCAUUAUUCACACUAUAUUCAUACACAGUUGGCAAAACAUGCAAUACUAAUUGCCCGUUAGUACUUAUUCUUACUGAUUCCAUUCAUAUGGUUAUGUCACCUGGAGCAAUUUGGGGUUCAUUGUCCUGCCUGAGGACACUUUAAUACAUGACUGCAAGAGCUUGGAUCAGAGCUUAGAGCCAGUUAGAAAGGAUUGCACUGAUCCAAAACUGUCCCUGAAAUUCAUCCCUGUACAUCCCUGUCAUAUACUAGAUAGGAACUUGUAAUUUCCACCUGAAUAACUACAGGUACAGAGUAGUUCUGCUGGCAUCACCAGAAAAUAAAUAUAAUUCGUUGGAUAUGUUAAAUGAGGCUUUAAAAGUUCUAAUGUAAGGAUUACAUUGAGUUGUGAUAUGUCAAGAAAGCAUGAUGUUGAAUGAUUCUGGGUCUGAAUGGAAGAAUUUAACAGUGGCCAUAGAGUGACUUCAGUAUUUCAGAAGGGAAUGAUAGUGUGUCAGCAAAAUUCGGGCUUCAAAGCACUGCGAUAAAAAUACUCAGGCUAAUUCGGCACACUCUCUGGGAAACAGAUUUUAUACAAACUAUAAUCACACAGCAUCGUCGACUUGAGCCAAAGAGAUAACAAGUUACCUCCCUGUUGUUGUAAUAUUUUCUUGUGUCAGCAGGUAACAGCCACGUACACAUGAAUGAAGACAGACAGAGGAGGAGUGAUUUUUGCAGAGGGAUGGUCUCAGAGCCCAACGUGUUCCUGGACUCCUUCCCGUACCCGGACAACAGCCAGGCCUCUGACACUGUCAGCGUGGACAGCUCUGACAGCCUGGAGACCAGCUUCUCGGCCUGCUCCCCAGACAACAUCUCCAGGUCAGAGAGGAAACAAGAUGCAUACAGAUGAGACAUUACUUUGAAGAGUCCUGAUGGACGAGAAUAAAUAUGAAACAAGGAAGGAAGAGUUGUAUUUAUAGAAGGAAAGUUGGAAUAAAGACUACGGAGGGUGUUCAGGAUAGAUAUUCUUAAAAUCAAACAAAUAAGAAAUCCUGUGUACUCUGUAUUGGUGUCAGAUGAAAUCUUAACAUACACAAAUUAUAUAAACGCCCCCUUCAUUAAAGGGAUAUUUGGGUGUAAAAUUAAUUUAGGGUCAAACACACCGUAACACCGAGUUAGACACCCCCUCGAGAGAUGAAUGUUGCCGACCGCGAGUUUAGUUAAACUUUUACUCUAUUAUUCAUGUCAUCAAACUGGUGUUGAAGUCCCACUACAGCAUAAAAACUCAAAACUAAUCCUUUUAUUCUUAUCACUGUAUUUGCCGUUGAGAUAUUUUGUUUAUUAUGUGAUAAAAAUAGGUGUGUUCACUCUUUGAAUCUCAUUCUUUUCACUUUUUAUGAUAUAAAUUGUUUUUUUCCCUGCCCCUCAGUGCCAGUAUGACUAACAUGAUGAAGAUCGAGGAGAUGGAGCGUUUGCUGAGGGAGGCCCAGGCUGAGAAGCAGAGACUUCUUGAAUAUCGGGUAAUGUGACAAUCAAUCAAAACCCCUCUGUGUACCUUGUGAGUUAAACUGUGGAUGACAUGAAGACUCUCUGGCAUGCGCAGGAGCGAGAGAUGGAGAUGCGCAGGCAGGCUCUGGAGGAGGAGAGAAGAAGAAGAGAGGAUCUGGAGAAACGUCUGCAGGAGGAGACGAGCAGAAGACAAAGACUAGUGGAGAGAGAGGUGAAGCUCAGGGAGAAACAAAGAUCUCAGGUAUUCAGAAGAACAUACAGUAAAUCUGUUUCUCAUCACAGUUCUCAUCGCAUAAAUGCUUCUUCAAACAAAGAGAAGUACAGUGUUUUAUACUCUGUCCACAGUCCCGUCUGCUGACUCGCUACCUCCCUGUAAGGAAAGAUGACUUUGAUCUUCAUGGUCACAUUGAGGCAGCAGGACACAACCCAGAUGCCUGCUUCCAUCUGGCCAUCACUGACAAAACCUGCAGGGGAUUCCUGGUCAAAAUGGGCGGCAAGAUCAAAACAUGGAAGAAACGCUGGUUUGUGUUUGACCAGAAUCGCAGAACACUCACCUACUAUGCAGGUGGGUGUGUCUACCUUACAGCUCCCUGUGAGGAAAAGUGUCUGUCACUUUUAAACCAGGCCAAGACAACCAUUUAGAGGAUACUGGGAUUGAGCUUUGACCACAGAUUUGUCAGUGCAUUUUUGUUUAUACUGUAUUAUAUUCUUGUUAUAUUCUUUGCUGCAGACAAACAUGAAACCAAGAUGAAAGGAGUCAUUUAUUUCCAGGCCAUAGAGGAGGUGUACUAUGACCAUCUGAAGAAUGCACAUAAGGUAAGCAUUUUAUUUGCAUGUUGGUAUGUGUGACAGAAUCUACAAAUUUUCUUUCAAUGACAUUUUGUUCACAUUUUUCUCUCUCCUCCCUCCCUCACAUUGCAUCACCUCAACCUCUCCUUCAACUUUUUUUCUGUAAACCACAUUCACUCCUGCACCCCAGAGUCCCAACCCCUCACUGACCUUCAGUGUGAAGACCCACGAUCGGGUGUACUACAUGGUGGCUCCGUCACCUGAGGCCAUGCGUAUCUGGAUGGAUGUCAUAGUAACAGGUGCUGAAGGACACAUGCAUUUUAUGGUGUGACUGACCCUAAGCGAUCAUCAACAGAUCUUUGCUAAAUGUUGUGUCACAUGAGAAGACUAGCACCACUCUGACUGUCAAAGGUUACAUGAAAAAGAGUCAUGCAAAGCUGAGACGAAUGACUGUCAGGUCAACAAACAAACUUCUGUUUAUACAUGAAGUGUUUGAAGCCUACAAGGAACACUUAUGCUCAAAGUCACACUAUAUGAUACUCCUGUAUAACAGCAAAGAAUUGAUAUACAACUUCAUAAUAAGCUAUUUAGGUAAUUUUGUAUUUUUUAUGUAGCACAUGUUGCUGAAGCAUUCCUAAAUCUUGCAUCAAUAUUGUACAAGUUCAGACUUUUCUCCCUACCUACAAAUUAACUUGCUCUGCUUUGUUUUGGCUUUUGUACGUUCAAAAUUUGAUCAGGGAAGCUUUUAAGUAUUCAGACACUCAUUGUCUGCUGCACUUCAUAUCUGAGGUACAUAGUAAUGCUGCUUUUCUGUGACAGAUGCCAGUUUGUUUAUCGGUCUUUUAUGAAGUAUGUUCGAGCCAGGGUAUCAGUUGUAGGCUUACCUCUGCUUCUUAUCCUUCUUCUUCUCUUCUCUCUGUUUCUGGUUGGAAAUUUAUGUUUCGAUGUCUUACAUUAGAUCAAAACUGAUCUUCUGUCAAUGUCAGGCUCUCUCACACAGGGAUACUGAAGGCUGUGGCUCACAAUAUCUUGUUUCCUUUCUAUAUGUUUUUGAUUGUAAAUCACAUUUAAUUGCAGUUAUUGUCACUAAUAUUCAAAUAUAAUUGAUAUAUACAUCAUUUUACAUAUUUUAGAAUAUGUUAACUGCUGCUGCUAGACUGUCAGCACAAGCUGGUCUUGUUUAGGUAAAUGAAACUGGCCAGUGUCCACCAUCAGUGUCCCAAAUCAGAGACAUCUUCUGCUUUUCUUCACAUUUACAAACAUAAUUAAAGAAGAAGAGAUCAUUUUAGGCACUUUUUACAUAAUUGUUAUGGGUUAUUUGUACUUGUUAGAAAAGAAUCUCGUCUCAUCAGGAGAAAAUGUCAUGAUCAUGAUGGUACUGCGUGUACUUGUAGCACUGUGCAGCUAGCUCACUCCAUCGAUAUUAGAGGCUGCAGGCCUGAUACAAUGAGGCCAUGUUGGCAGAAGUGAUGCUGAAUUUACUGCGUCACUCUCAUGUUCCAUGAGACUUGCAUUAUGAGUUUUCACCAGCAGAGGUCCUCAGUGCAGACUUAGUGCACUGAAAUGAUGUAAUGCUCUGUCCUUACUCAGACAAGAGGAGCGACAUCAGUGGUCUUGUUUUCCUAAUAUGCAUUCAUAAGCACAUGUAUAUUAAGCUGAGAUUUGCUUCUUUAAGCAAAAUUUGAAUCAUGAACUUUAGCAUCCUAAACAUCAAGAUAUUUUAUGUAUUCUUAAAACACACUAUAAACCCAUAUGUUUGCCUUUAUAUCAACUGACUAUUAGCAGCAAGCUGAUUAUAUUUUUAAUCGAAAUGAUGUCCUGAACACCAGCUGUUGAUCCACAGACUGCAGAUUAGGUUGCAGAGCUGAUGGUGAUAUUGAGUUUGUGCCUGUGCUGGAUGCCUCUCAGUGAGCAGAGGAACAGUACAUCCUCUAACUUUAUGCCACAAAAGUCUGAGACCAAAUAAGCAACCACAUUUAUAUAUAUUUGUAAUGCGUUUCAUAUUUUUAUGUUGUGAAUGAAGAAUGGUAAUAUGAGUGGAUGUUAUGCUCCAGGGUUUUUACAAAUGUCAUUUGUACUGUUUCAAUAUAAAUAAGAAUAAAUAAUUUUGAUUGUGAACUGUAAUUGUGAUAAACUGGUUUAUUGCCCAGAAAAACCUGAUCAAGUUUAUAGGGAUGAAAAGAAACUUGAUGAAAGGUAAUGAGUUUUCAUGGACAUUUGGCAUUAUUUUGACCUGUUAUGUAAUGUAUUGCAGUGGAAAUUUAUGGCCUUAUCAUUAAAGGGCUGCACAAAGCCCCUGCAGCGUAACCGGGAAUUUUCACCACAUAUCUUCUAAAUGGUUGUCUUUGUUCAAUAUCCUCAUCUUGAGCUUUAAAAGAUUCAAUAACACCCUUAAGUCUUUUUAAGUCAUCAGCCACAGAAACUCCUCAUAUACCCCAAACACACACUCCAUACAUAGAGUGUGCCUCUAGCUAUAAAUAUUAUAUUAUAUCUGCUCUACCUCCCUAAAAGUGACAGAGCAGCAUUAUUAGAAACUUCUCCAUCAUAAUAACUUGAUGUGUCCUGGUAAAAACAUACAUGUAGUUAAAUCUGGUCCAAUUAGCAUGUAUACUGUGAUUGCCCUCAUUAAGGCACUCAUGUUUUAAACCCCACCUCUUUCGCUUUCACAGCCUCUCAUUGGUUGACCUAGAGGGGUUGGCAUGGAAACACAGAAUGAAGCAUGCUAAAUCAGGUUCUGAAGGGGCACGUCGUCGUCGUCUCUCCAGAGGCAGCAGCAGACACAAACACAUACAGACCAUAGAAAGUGAGGGUGGCCUCAGUGCAUUAUGGGUGCUGUAAUCUGUGUAACAUAUUCAGGGCAGGGGGCUGGUCUUAAAGACACACAAACAACCAAUAAACAGAGGCUGUUGUCACAUUUACUUACUUGCAUGAAAGCCACAUUUCUGAGGAAAAUCAUGUGAAAGGAUGUUGACAAAAGGCGGCUUUCACAUUAUAUGCAUGUUUCCUCUUUAAACCUACAGGAAUCAUUAAGUUUCCUGUAGUAGAGAGCAUUAAGUUGAUCACUCAGUGCGUUCUCUCAUAACCAGCCCCAUCUAAGUUUGAAACAGUUCCUAAACUUUUGGACCCCAGACUCCAGGUAUUAUGAAACAGCUGUGUUGUUUCAGAGCCUCAGGGUCAAAUUGUCCUUUCCAGAGAGAUGUUUUUACCCUCUGAUGUUGGUAUCAGCACCUGAUGUGGUGAAAUCCUCGUGCUUUUCCUGGGCAAAAGAUGGCCCUCUUGCAGCCUCUGGCUUCUCAGACUUAACAAAGGUCUUUUUGUUUCACCUCUGCAAAGCUUUUUAUUUAAAUAACCCUGUGUCCUCUAGUCUCUAUUUCUAACACCAGAUUCCUUUUAACAUUGCCCCAUGACUCUUAUCAACUUUCCAUCCCAAACCUGUGGUUUUACACUCACCAUUUGUAGUUUUAAUCACCUUUUCUGCUUUUAUGCAACAUUGUGCAAAGCUUUUAUAACAUACUCUUCUCUUUUAUUCUCUUCAGCAAUGCCAAACUGGUGCUGCACUUUCAAAUCAAACGAUGCAUGAUUAUUCAGCACAUCCAUUGAGUGCAUUUCACACUAAGAAUAGCAAUGACACACAUUCCCAACUCGUUUCCUGAUAAUAAGGCAUGCAUGUUAAGCGUUUUCCCUGUAUGCUGAUUGGCUGGGCUCCACUGACAUUCAUGUGCUCACUAUUCAGGUCACUGAGCUUGGAGUGUGGUGAUGUUGGAAUUGUGCUCCCAUGAGGACACUAGUCUGAGCACAGAUUGUAGUAAGAUGGUGAGGAUCUGUCAGUGAAAAUAGAAAUGUUUGCCCUUUCUUCUCCGUCUUUGCUCUCAUCCUCAGAUUUUCUCCCUAUUACAGAGUUACAUAAUUUCUUUCCACAUAAGAUUAACCAGAGAAAAUGUGGUCCUGCUAAAAGCAAAGCUUGUUAAUCCUUCUCUAUCUGCUCACUUUUCUCAUCUGCCUGCCACAAAAUGGAAAAUGGUGUACUUUACAACUUAAACAAGUCUUGUCUUGCUAAGCACUCAUAUUAUUUUAUUGAUUAAAUAGGAAACAGAACAACAUAGAUGAGACUAUUCACACAGAUAUUCUUCUCAUCUGAGUAUAAGUAGGAUAAGGAUGUGUCAGUGUUCGAGCUGAAGAUCUCAAACGUCCACAAUGCCAUUCACAAUGGCCGCAGUCCAUUUCUGUGGAAGGAGUUAUUUCCUUUCCUUCCUCGGUCUGUCCAAUAGUUCACAGUGAGAUCUGAUCCGUUACAUAUGAGCAGGCAGACAAACAGGCGCUGUACAGUUCUACAAUUUGUGCAAAAGAUAAUGGCACGUUUUUCUGCUACAUACAUCCAGAGAUAGAUGUGGAAUGUAAAUUUGGUUGUUUUGCAUUGAAUUUAUAGAGCUCCCGUGGUUCUUCUUCUUUUACGAUAAAUAAAAUGUAAAGGGACUUGUUGUUAUCAAAGAGACUUCCUGGAAAGAAAGACAAAAAGAUUUGACGUUUCCUACAAAAAGUGGACGUAACAAAAUUUAAAAGCACUGUAGAAAAGACCGGACAAAUAUUGAGAGUCUGUAGGAAAAGCACCCUUUAAAAGGCACUCCCCCAUGAUUUGUUUGUGUGUGUGUCUGUGUGUGUGACUGUGUGUGAAUGUGUGUGACUGUGUUCCCAGAAGACCUUUUAACUUGCUUAUCCUGUCAACCAAUGCUGCCGCUGCUGUGUGUUCAGGUGUGACCCUGAAACCCUUUCCUGAGAGCAUGUCCAGUUUGCUCAGCACCACAGAGCCGGGCUCUCUGCUUCAGAUCCCUGUGGAGAUGUUUUGUGCUUGAGAGCUGUCUGGAUCCUUGACUCUGUAUCUGUUGCUUGUUGUGACAUGAAGCCAAGAGAUGACAGACAGACAGUCCAAGAAGUACAGAAUAGAAGUAUGAGUUAAAAAAGAUGCAUGUGUUGAUGCAUUGGGGGAAAAAAAGCAGUCAAAGCCAUAAUCUGUAUCCUCAAUGGGUCAGUCCAUGUAUUAUUUUUUUAUCUGGGUGCCGCCACCUACAGCUGCAGGUUUAGUUCCAACCCUGCGGACAGGGACCUUUGACACUGGUAUUUUCGUGCGUGGUGGUUCUUUAGCUUGAGGGAUCUGCGAGGCACCAUGCUUCACAGGGAUCUUGGAGUCACGCGGUAAACUGGUGAUAACUUUCUGCUGCUGACUCUCCUCUUGGCUGUGUUUUGAGGUUGGCACAUUCACCUCACCAUCUCUGAUCUUAUCUUUGAUUUCUGCAUCAUGUGAGUUGAAAUUUGGCCUCUCUUCCUCUUGCACUGGAGUCGGUGGGUCCCUGCUUGUUUCAUCAUCCGGAUGUUGACUAUCCCGAACAGGUAACCUGCCAGCUCUGCCCCCUCCGACCACAGGUAUUUUGCUUAGUCCGGAUGCCUUUGCUUGUGGCGUCUUCUUCUCUCUCUGGAGGCUCGCUCGUGACUCAUUAGGCAGCUCUGCUGUUUUGUCUGCCACCAUCUGACAACUCAGGACAUCUGUGCUACUUGGACUAGAAAGCUUCUCAUCCACUGAUGCCUGUUCACGUCCUCUUGUCUGAGCAGAGACUGAGGCCUCACUCUGCUGGGAUGGAGGGGGAGAAGAAAAAGAAGAAGAAGAGACGGGGCAUGGGGCAGGGGUGGGUGUAGAAGGGGCUUUAGAGUGAGAAAGUUGAAUCUGAGCGGGUGCAGGAGCAGGAGUGUCUUUGGAUACAGAAAUUUGGAUUGGAGCAGGAGUAUCUUUAGAAACAGAAACUUGGACUGGAGCAGUAGUUUCUUUAGAAACAGAAACCGAGAAAGAAGCUGGAGGGUCUCUAAUUACAGAAACUGGGAUCUGAGCUGAAACAGGAGCAGGAGUGUCUUUAGGUAUAGAGACUGGGAUUUGAGCUUGGGCAGGUGGGAGUUUGGAUUGAGUAACUUGAGCAGAAACAGGAGCAGGAAGGUCUUUAGAUACAGAGACUGGGAUCCGAGCAGUGAGAGGAGUAUCUUUAGAUUGAGAAAUUUGCAUUUCUGCGGCAGCAGGGACAUCUUUAGAUCCAGGAACUGUUGCAAGGGCAGAAGGACCUUUAGAUUGAGAGAGCAGGGUCUGGCCCAAAGCAGAAGGUGUUUGGGAUGGCACAGCAACACCAGGAUGACUGGCAGGGACUGGAGUUGUUGUUGGAGCAGGUGCCGCCUUAUCUAAAGAGACUGGUGCAGGAGGGGGUUUAUAGGCAGGAGGGAAUUUGUCAAGCGAAUAUGAGGGAGGUGCGGCAGAUGCAAGGGUUGGUUGGGUCUUAAACGUAGAAAAAGUCGAAGUAAGAUCUGGGACAGUUGCAAGGGGAGUAGUCGUCCUGGUUAUGUCAAUUGAGCUGGAUGUAAGUUGGGGCUUGGAAAGUGCAGGAGAUACUGAGCUUGAGGUUGUAGUUGGUGUGUGGACUGUUGUCAUCUUAGGGGGGAAUACAGGUGCAGGAGAGGAGGGUUUGGCCGCCAGAGUACUGGCCAGUGACUCUGCCGCCGGUGAUUUAGAUUCUGCUGUGACUGAAGUCGUGAAAGGUUUGAAGGAAGUGGAAGUUUGCAGGGCAGAAACCCCAGAUGAGUCUGAUUUGAUAGGUGGAUGUUGGGUAUUAGAAACAGGAGCUGGAGGGCUAUGGGUUACUGGAGGUUUUACUGGGGCAGGUGUAGCUGCAGGGCUGAGUUUACUUACUGAAGUAGGAAAUUGAGGUGGUGCAGCAGUCUCUGAAGCCAGUUUGCUAAUGGUAGAGGUAAGAGUUGGACUAACUGAGGGAGGUUUGACUACAGUAGCUGGGGUGUUUGGAGGAGCUAUGGUUGCAGUAGAGGUGGUGCUCAGUGUGGAUUUAGUUGUCAAUAAAGGGGAAGACAUUUUUGAAGCUGAGAAGCUUGUAAGCACUACAGGGGUAGUGCUGGUGGAGACUGGAGCAUAGUCCGAGCUCAGUUUAACUGAGUGAGUGGUCAAAGUGGAAGAUUUGGUCAGUGUUGUGAUGAUGGUGCUCGGCUUGGCAAUGGGAGAAGAAGUUGUAGAUGUCUUACUCAGAGGGGUAGGGGAUUGGGUUGAGGCUACAGGAGAGGGUUUUGCCUUGUCCACAGUACUAACAGAGGUAGAAGUCAGCGGGGAGGAGAUGGAGGGUUUGGAGAAGAGAGAUGUGGAUGAUGGUGUGACAUCGGUCACCACAGCACUGAUGGCGCUGCUGGCUUUUCCCCACUCUGCCUCCACAUCAGCCAUGAUAUCACCUCCAGAGAUUGAUUCAAAGGUCAGGAGAGAGGAGAUGUCUGCCAAUAAGGAACUCAGGCUGUUAUCACCAGGUACCAAGGGGGGUUCACAGUCAGGAAGGGGCGGCACAUGCUCAUUAGUACUACUCACAUUGCCUGAAGUCUCCUCGGGAGUUUCGGUGUCUGACGGGCUCGUUGCUGUUACACUCCUGAUAGGCUCAGUAACUGGGCUGCCCAAAGAGCGUGGCUGGGAUUUAGGGGUCAGGGUGAGGUCCUCUUUGAUGAUUUCCACACUGUUGGCGCGGGAUGACAUGAGGAGUGGGCUCGGAGGGGCUUCCUCCUUGUCCUCUUUGUCUUUUGAUCGAAACUUCACAUUGCCAAAGAGACCCUUCAGCCCACGUCGUUGCCGACCCACUGGCUGGGACACAGUGUGGGCUCGAUGGUCCCCCAUUCCUCUCCGCCCUCCUCUCAGUAAAGACAGGAAGCUGAGGGACCUGACAGAGCUGACUGAAGAAAUAGAGGUGCGAGGAGGGGCGGCAGCCAGAACGCCAUCUUCACUGAGUGGCUCUUCCUCUGCCUGCUCCCUCUCUCCUUGACUCACCUCAUGUCCUUUUUCCUUGUCUGAAUCCUGCUCUGAAUCUGGGCCAGCCGUCUCUGAUAAUCCAUCCAGGGUUUUGCCCGUUUUAACAGGUGACUUGUUGUUUUCAUCUCCUUUGUUCCGGAUAGAAAAGAUGUUACCUGGCUUGCGCUUGCCAAACAGCUUGAAUCCUUUCCUGAUUUUUCCACUCGACUGUGUCUCACAAGGCGGGGGGUCCGUGCUCUCCGUUUGCAAAUCCAUCUUUUAUCUUCUGCCCCCUACCUCUGUAUCCCCCUAGUAGUUGUUACAGUUUAUUACUUCCAAUUCUUCAGCGAUGAGAGCAUUGAUAUCCAGACCGUAAUUCAAUCUGCGUCUGAAUCCUCGCUCUACCUCAGAUUCUCUCUGUGUGUUUCUUUAUCGGCUGUCUGUAACCCUCCCUCUCUCUAUCUUUCCCAUCCAGCCCUUUCUCCUCUGUUUCUCCCUCCAAAGCCCCUCCCCUUUGCCUCGUUUUUGUCUGGCUGCUCUCCACGGUUGCCAUAGCAACAGAGGAGCUAAGCAGCUUUCGUCAGCAAUGCAGAGCCAGGGGCCAUCAUCAACUCACCCUGAAUGCAGCUAUCUCUUCUUCUCUGUCUGAUGACUUUGUUUAUAUAAAGAGUAGCAAUGAUUUCUCUAUUAGCAGUGAUAUAAUCCGAGUCAUGAAUUUUAAAUGAUCUGACUUCAUGAAUUUAUUAAACCUCCCAUCUGCAUUUGUGUAAUGUACCUUAACACGGAGCUUGAUAUUCAUAUAAUCUUUCAUUACAAAUAAAUUGCAAAUCAAUUCAAAGUUGCUCCACUGUCCACAGCAGAUUAUUGCAAAACAUUCAAAGUUUAAAGAUUUAUUUUAAUAAAAUCAAACUUGAUGAAUGACUACAAACUAGAAGAGAAAAGUGACGGCAGUGUUACCUAUCUUGUCCACUGAAUUUACAGCAAACUACUUGCAAAGCAAAUUUGAUCACUCCCAUAAAGUGUAAAUGUUGAUAAUGUUACCGUAAAGUCAAUUUAAAGUGAUCAAGGGCUCAACUUUUUCAGAACAUCUGACCAGAGGUAAGGUCUUGAAAUUAAUUAAGACACUCAGUGUGUUUAUCUAAAUUUGAAGGAGUGACAAAGAGAAGAGGAGGACUAAAGGGGAACUCUGAUUCAUCCUCUUACGACACAGUGUUUGAACCGUUACUUAUUGUUAAUCUUUUUUAGAUGAUUGGUUCUCCUCUGCAUGUAAAGCAUCUUGUAGUUGAUCACAAAUGUAUAUGUGUUUUGCUCAACAAGCAGUUAUGAGUAACCAUCAUUAGUCAUUUUGAAUAAAGAAAGCUUCAACAAAAUUUUUGACAAUGUUAAAAUAUAUAUAUAUUAAUCAGUUUGAAUUAAUGAUUGAAAAUAAGCAUCAAACCUUUUCAAGUCAAAUAUAAUACCCCAUAAAACAUAUAUGAAUGUCUUGAAUAAAAUCAAAGCUUAGGUUUUUUUGUAGAUAAGAGAUGUUAGUUAGAGAGGCAACUGAACGGUCCUCGUUGAUGCAUGGUGAAGUAUGGCCUCUGGUGGCAGCUGAAGAAAAGGCAUGCAGCACAGUUUGUCGACGGCUGUAAAAUGUAAAACAAGUCUUAAAAUAAAGCUGCUGCCUCAUCUGCAUGGAUUCCCUGUCCCAAAUAAGUAAGUGGGUCAGCGGUCUUUGAUCAGAUCAUGCUGGUUUUGUGCGCAGUUCUCAGACACAGUAAGUGGUUAAAACAGCUCAUGAAAACAGCAUGAUGUGAUCACUGACACAGUAAGUGGUUUGAGGGAUUGAUUGGCAUGAGGUUUACACUAAAACCAAAUUUAUUUAUUUUUUAAAGAUGUAUUUUUUCUGGGCUUUUCAGGACUUCAUUUUAGAGAGGAUUGAACAGUGAACAGAGCAGGAAAUAUGGUGAGAAAGUGGGGAUUGACAUGCCAGAAAGGAGCCACAGGCUGGAAGCAAACCCAGGCCGACUGCUCGAGGCACAACCUCUGUAUAUGGGGCGCCCCCCUGGACAGCUAGACCAGCAGUGCCCUGACUGUAACCCAGUUUCAAUGCGUAGUGUGCCAAUAACCAACCCCUAGUACGGUAAAUGAAUAAACCUCUUUAUUAAAAGUAUGCAUAUUUAAGUGCUUAGAUCAUAGUGUAAGUACACAAAACAUGGACCCUGUAAUGAACAUGCAUAACAAAGAGAUUAUGAUCAGAACAUAAUGCCCUCUAUAAUAAUAAAAAUAAAACCAAAAAUGACAUCAGAUGUCUUGGGACUCACUUUGCUCCCUUUACACACAUUAUCACGCACAAAUACACACAGCACAAAUAAAUAGAUGUAAAUGUUUACUGUUCUCUGGGUCCAAAUGACCAGAUGGUCCAUUUUUGACUUGUCAUUCUCUCAGUGGUUUUCACAGUGUGGCAUUUAUAGAUGCGGUAUGCUGAAAAUGCUUAUUUUGUCCAAAGGCUAUUACUCUCCUUAAGAAAAGAAUUAGAGGCAGCAAAAAACAAAUCACUGCAAUAUCCCCAAUAACGUCUUUGUUUUAGGAAAUUAGUCAAGCUUAAGGGCCUGCACCCACUAACGUUUUCUUUUUGUUUGUUUGUUUUGUGCCCAGAGCUUCAGGUGCUCUUAGUCACUGCGCAUAAAUUGCUUUCAGUCAAUAAUAGUUUAACACUGCAACAGUUGUAAAUGUCAGUUCUCCAUCGCUGAUCAGUCAAAACCUGGACAGAGUGGGACCACUGAUGUAAACUUUGUCAACAACAAUGUUGGCGGUCCGUACAGAGGAGAUACUAACUAUACUUGUUUUAUUUUUGUUUGUUUGUUUGUUCAAUGGGAAUAUCUGUAAGUGAAAUUUGGUGUACCAGCCCUUUAAUUUCCAUCUACUGACUGAAAUAAAUUUUAUUGGGAGCUCCUGGAAGGCAAAAUAAAAGGUCCUAAGUCAACAGAGAAGAGAUGUCUUCCUCUAAUAUUUGUGUGAAUGAGGUAAAAUGUUCCAACAAAGUAAAACAGUUCGCUACAACCACGACUGACUUCUCGAUGAUCUUUCAGGUAAGAUGAUGUGAUACGUCCGUCUUCAUUGAUGACUCCAGCACUUUAACGGUCUCUGUGUGUUUAGACAUCAUGCUCCACCAGAGCAGCCUGAGUCAGAGCAACUUCAGCGUUAACGUUGUUGUCGUGCUCUUCAGGAAGGAGUUUAUCGUACGUGCGUCGGUACAAAAACCUACAUACUAGGGUGAUUAUGAACAUCUCCAUGAUCAUCAUCUGUUGACUCAGCACUGCAGGACAAAGGGAACGAGAAUCAGGGUUUCAGAUGAUUAUUUUACCUCAGAUAUCACAGGCUGAUGCAGGUGGACUUUCAAGAAAUGUUUUCUUACAUGAUCCACGAGCUUGUGAGGAGAAAGGAGGAGCACAGGCGAUGGUUCCAUCCAGUGCCAGGAUGUUAAUGAUUGAUGUCUGCAGCUGACUCAAUACAAGCACUAACUGAGGUGAAAAAGAAGAUGAAGUUAUGCUCUGUAUUUACAGUAAACACGUAGUGACAUAUGAAAGGCUUCUGCAGUUUAGUUGACGUAUCUUCAUGAUCUUCAAGAUUUGGAUUAAAUUUAAAGUAUAAGUAGGACUUAAAAUGAGGACUUUGUUAUUGUUAAGUCAAGAAAUAAAGCAAAAUUCAUGAUUUUCAAUCUUAUGUUUGGAUCUGACUUCAAUAAAGCACACAUGGUUGUGUUAACUUACUUGAUACAUGGCAUACUUGGGUACUAUGUUGAGGCCGCGUAAAUAGCUGUUAGAGUUCAUGAAGACGAUGGCAACAGGCCAGAGGGAAGUGAUGGUGAGGACGCCAAUGAAUGGGUUAAUCCAGAUGGCUGUACCAGUGAUCUCGAGCUGAAAAUCAAGCAGAAAUUCAUUUUCCAAGUCAUGUUAUGUUAAUAUUCAGUACAAUCAGAUAUGUUGGGUAGAGAUGCAGAUAUAAGCAGAUAUUUGGAACAAUCUAUGGACUUUGUUUAAACUGCAAAAAAUAGUUUGAAUGACAAAAACUGUUUACAUCAGAGAGAUCGAAGUUUCCAUUUGUCCACAAUACCACAGAGACGACUGAGAGCACUGUCUUUAAGAUGGCAUAUUGAAGAGCACCUAUCUUCAGCCAGAAUAACAAUCGCCUGAAAGAUUAGGAGCAAGAAAAGACCACAUUAGCAAAGUCCACUUUAUAAAGACAAUAAGCAAUUAAAAGAAUGUAUGCAUAUAUAUAUAUAUAUAUAUGCAUAAGAGUGGGAUUAAAUUAAUAGAAAAAUCUGAAUUUAUAAGCAAUAAAGGGCACAGUCUGAUCAUUGGGAUCAGGGCAGCAACACCCAGCAUGCCCUUCAAUUAUUUGGGAUAAAUACCGUGUCAUGGGCACUCGGGGUAAACAGGGGCAGCAGCAGCAGCAGGGUCCUGUGUUGAUCCUUACGGUUUUACCAGAAAACAGCUCCAGGUACUUAUGGGUUCCCCCUAACUCCUCGAUCAUCAGAACCAACACUUUAUACACCACGACUGCAAAAUAACUACACACAGACAAAGAAGUCAUCAUGUUAGUGUAUUAAUACUCAGUAUGUUGUAUAAAAACUGAGCUUUUAUAACAAAAAGGACAAACUACAGUUUUAUUUGUUUGUUUUUUAAAUCAGAUUUAAACACGCGACUCUUGACGCAAGGGGGCUUAUCAAAGCGAACUGGUCGAUGGUUAAUGGAUUUUGACCUUGUUAAAUGUGCGGCUCUGUAUAUGCUGGGCAGAAAUCCCAUAAACCAGAAAACGCAUAAAAUUUAUUACCAUACAUGGCCAAAUCCUGUAAAAGCCUUUUAGGAACAUCACGCUCCUGCUUUAUGGGGACGUUCAAGGCCACAAAACUCUGUUUUAUGUGGUCGUCCUUUAAACGGAUUUCACUCAGCGUAGGUGUACUUAUGAUGACGGCCUGGUUGUUUUAAAGCUAAAUUUGUUGAUUCUCAAAAUGCUAUAAUGAAUUUCCCUUUGGGGAUCAAUAAAGCUAUUGUAUUGUUUUGUACUGUAUUGUAUAGUAAAAGGAGAGAUAAAUGAUAAAGAUAGGUUGUGAGAACCUUGACACUUAGAUAACAGAGAUGAUGAAUUUGAUAUGAAAGAGGACACAGCUACUGGUCGAAGCUUUUAGAUAACAGGAAACAAAGAGCAGUGGUAGGCUGGUUAAUGUAAGUAUAGGAAGAUGAUGCAAGUGAGAACACCAGUAAAAAGUUAGGUUUUUUUUACAUCUAAGAAUAGAUCCAUUGUGGUCUUGACUGCCUUGAUAAACUGAUUUUAUUUUGCUUGCUCAAUAAUGGCACGGUUUAACUGAGAAACAACAUACCAGUUAGAUGUCAUGUCAGUGAUCAUGACUGCCCUUGGGAUCCACAGCCCAAAACAAGACAUGGUGGCAAUGACCUGCAAGCCAGAGAGACGUUCACUGAAGAUGAAUACAUUUGAUUUUUUAAUAGCAUUCAAAAACAAAUCUGAGUCUAAAUAAAACAGGAUCGUUUUCAUUAAUUUUUUCCUCCUAUGAGCUUUAGACUAUUAACAAUCAUUAUAACUGUAGGAAUUUAAGAAUUAGCAUUAAUUAAAAACCAGACAUAAAUACUCACUGGUGCUGCACCAUUCACCCACAUGAUGGUGGUCUUCUUGGGGUAGGGUAAGUGUUUGUAAAUGAAGACACACUGCUCCAGAUACAGCACCAGAGAAAUACAGGACAUGAGGGUGAGCAUGGCGUACAGGCAGAAUUCAAACGCAUCCAUCUCUGAUGUCAAAGAGAGCAGAAAGGGGCAGAAGUUUUAUUUAAUGGUAAGUUUGAGACACUCCAUGUAACAGCACAUUAUGGAAUUUACUCUGGUAAAAAUUCACCAAAAGAGGCAUCUCUUUACAGUUUGGUUUUAAUAUUGAUUUACUAUUGACAACAUAGUUCAAUACUGUUGAUUCUUCUGUCCCUGCAAACGUCUGUUUUGCUUCUCAAGGGGGAUAUCACAGCGGGGCUGUACUUAGCCCAUAACAACUUUAGUAUGUCAAUUUGAUAUUUGAUAUUUGAUACCCACAGAUUUGACCCAAACC